AUGGAGGACCAAGCCGCCGUUCACCGAAUCUACCAGGAAUUGGGCGCGUUGUUCAAUCCUGUGCAGCCAUCGGAAGAGCGCUGGCGAGCUCAGGCCAAAUACGAGGCCGCAAAGAAGCAACACAGAGAUGAAGCUGACCCAGAGAGAGAAAGGGCCCUAUGCAAGGAAAUGACCCGAUGCCUAGAUCAUUUGGAACAUGUCGAAAAACAGGAGAAAGUAGAGGAAGAACAGAGGAAGGCACGGCAACAAGAGCUCGAAAAACAACUAAUUCCCCUUCUCUCAAAACGUUAUGGCGGAUUCACUCCGUCAGUUCAGCAGCGAUCUGAGCAGUCGGAUGAAGAUGCUACUCUGGCCACCCCCGAUACUACCACAACAGAUAUCAACACAGGCCUCGAUAACGACCGAGGAACGAACCCAGCUACUGAAUCCCCGAUUAACUUCGAGGAUCCAGUUAAAAACUCUGUUCGAGCAGGAGAUCAGAGUACAGAACCGUCGGGAGAUAUUGUCUAUAUCCCAAGUUUUCAAGACACGAUCGAGCCUAGAUCUCCCACCGACCGAACUCAUAGACGCUCGACCACUCUAAAUCAACGAGAUAGUACUGAACAGACUGGCCGAACCGACCCAAUUCCGUCAAGCGACAACUCGACCGCCAUCGAUGAACAACGUACAGUCCAACGGUCUGGUGAAACAUCUUCAUCAAACAAGAGACGGGGGGCCGAUACACCCGCAUCGCGCCGUACCAAGCACCAGCGACAAGCCAUCGAAACGGGCUCUCUUACAAAAAACACAAUUUCGUUUAACGAGGUGUAUGGAGAUGGCCAAGUCGAUCUCAGAUGCAGAAUCAUGGAGCGCGAUGAACGUUACUACAUCUUCAAAUGCAGGAAGCAUGAUAAGCUCUUCGAUGCCAAAGAUCCUCUUCAGUCUGCCACAAUUCAUCUCAAGUCGCAUGGUAAAUUGAGGUCGACCCACCAAAACGCCUUUAAAUACUUUGGGUAUCAAGUAAUUGGCUGCACUGAGGCGCAGAUUGUGUUGAACAACAGGAUUGUAGACCAGUAUUUGGAAGAACAGGAGCACAAGAGGGAGCGUCGCAAGGCUUCUACCUAUAACCUUCAACGAUAUCCACUGACUGGUGAGGUGUAUAUGGCUUGGUGGAACUGCGAUGGAGCUAUCGUGCUCCACGCACUUUUAGUCAUCCCGUUCUCGGAGUCGGAGCCGGGUUAUGGCGUGGAUAUAUGUGUCGAGAACUCAGAUCUCGGUGAUGACAUUCCCGCUUGUUACGAGAGUGACGGAACAUGGGCUGAGGGCUACAAAGAUGGUCAGAAACACAUGAAGGAUAGGGUAUACCCAAUUAUGUGCUUCGAUGGUUAUAACCCGCACCUAGUCGAUUGGCUCCCCCUGGCGCAGUUCCGAGAACUCGAUUUUGAUGACGAGCACCUGGAUUACGCGCAAGAUGUUAAGGAUUACCUUGCUUCGAGAAGCAGAAGUAACACUGCCACAGGCCUCGGAAACGAAAUUGAAGACGAUACGGAAGACAUUUACGAUGACAGCCGCAAUGGCGAUGGCGAUAACGAUGGCGUCGGCGAUGGGCCGACGUUCAGUGGACAUACACAGACGCACAUUGAAGAACGACCCGAGACCGCCGAGCCUGUUGAGGGUGACCAUACCGGUACGGCAACGGAAAUACCAGAGAAGGACCCACAGAGAGAUAUCAAGGUUGAAUCCUCAACUCAGCCUUCAGGAAGGGGCCGGCUGUGGCCACUAGCGCGCAGAGCCCCUCCCGCCAUGGAGAGUUUGGAUAACAGCGACAGCGAGUGA